AUGAACGGCACGCAACCAGCGCCACGACGCUCCGCCCUCGUGCUCUAUGGUUCAGAAACCGGCAAUUCGCAAGAGGUAGCGGAAGAGCUAGGGGCAUUGGCCGAGCGUCUCCAUUUCCGAACCCAUGUGGCCGAACUGAAUCAGUACAAGCCGGAAGUACUGAACUCGUACACGCUGGUUCUGUUUGUGGUUGCGACGACCGGUCAGGGUGAUUUUCCGGCUAAUGCGAGGACGUUUUGGCGGUCGUUGUUGUUGAAGAGGUUGCCGGCGACGUUUUUGGAGGGGGUGAAUUUUGCGUCGUUUGGGUUGGGGGAUAGUUCGUAUCCGAAGUUCAAUUGGGCGGCGCGCAAGUUGCAUAAGCGGUUGGUGCAGCUGGGUGCCAAUGAGAUAUAUCGUGCUGGGGAGGGCGAUCAGCAACAUCCUGAGGGGUGGACAUAUCCGCUGCCUUCGGGGCUGGAUCCGAUACCGGAUGAUGUUCAGUUGCCGCCGAAAUGGGUCUUGACGUUACAGGAGCAGGGCACGGGGCAAGUAAAAGGGGAGACCGUUCCUGGGUAUCAGGAGUAUCAGCCUGCGCCGGAUGAAUUUCCAAAGUUGACUCGACUGGAUCAUGAUCUGCGUCCAUUGCCUGACACGCUGACGGCAACGCUCACAGAGAACAAGCGAUUGACGCCGUCGACACAUUGGCAGGAUGUGCGCCAUGUGUCGCUUACGGUUCCCGAACAUGCCUCCUAUGUUCCUGGGGAUAUGAUCUGCAUUACACCGAAGAACUUCUCGAGCGACGUCAAUGCCCUGAUCCAGAUGAUGGGUUGGGAGGAGCAGGCUGAUCAGCUGGUUUCGUUGGUCCCUAACAGCCAUAUUCCUGCAGACGACCUCCCUGCUCCCCCGAUCCAUGGCCUGGCGGCAUAUCCGCAGUUAACACUGCGCGCCCUUCUCGCAGAUUAUCUCGACAUCCAGGCUAUCCCCCGCCGGUCCUUCUUUGCACAGAUUGCCCACUAUACGAGCGAUGAAAUGCACAAGGAGCGCCUGCUCGAAUUCACCAACACCAGUCCGGAGUAUUUGGAUGAACUGUGGGACUAUACGACCCGUCCGAGACGUAGUAUUUUGGAAGUACUGCACGAAUUCGAUACAGUCAAGGUUCCGUGGCAACAUGCGGUCUCGGUAUUCCCGAUCUUCAAAGGCAGACAGUUUAGCAUUGCCAGUGGUGGCGAGCUGAAGAGUGCGGAAGGCGGUACCAAGUUUGAGCUGCUCAUUGCCAUUGUCAAGUAUCAAACCGUGAUCAAGAAGAUCCGACAGGGCGUCUGUACACGCUACAUCUCAGCACUUCGACCCGGAAGCACUCUCAAGGUACAGCUGCAGCGGGGAGGACUCAACUCCUCCGUCAACCAGCUCGUUGGGCCGACGGUCCUGAUCGGUCCCGGCACCGGUCUGGCACCACUACGAUCUAUGCUCUGGGAGAAAGCUGCUAUCAUCAAGGCGUAUCAGCAGGAAAAUCCCGGGGUGGAGCUCUCGAUCGGCCCGACGCUGCUGCUCUACGGCGGACGCAACCGAGACGCGGACUUUUUCUUCGAGGAAGAAUGGCAACAGCUGGGCAAGCUAAUCAAAUUGAAUGUCCUGACUGCAUUCUCUCGAGACCAAAAGUCCAAAGUCUAUGUACAAGACGUGAUCCGGCAGAACUAUGCGCUGCUCUUCAAGCUACUGCACGACAUGGCGGGAUCGGUGUAUAUAUGCGGAUCGUCCGGGCAGAUGCCCAAGGCCGUGCGGGAGGCGCUGACAGAAGCCUUCCAGCAUGGUGCAGAGGUCGAAACGGACCGGUUCAACGAACAAGGCGCUGAGCAGUAUCUGCUUGGCAUGGAGAAGACGGGACGGUCAUUCUCUGCUCCGACGGAUCGGUCUCUUCCCUCUGCUCGCCUUAAAGUGUUGAUUCCCCUCACGACACUCCGCCCCUCCAUUGACUCCUUUGGUUUGCGAAUCCUUGUCCCCGUGAAGCGGGUGAUUGACUAUGCGGUCAAACCCCGCGUCAACAAGGCCAACACCGGCGUCGAAACCGCCGGUGUCAAGCACUCCCUCAACCCGUUCGACGAAAUCUCCGUCGAAGAAGCCAUCCGUCUGCGCGAAUCCGGCGCCAAGAACCAGAGCCCCAUGAAGGUCGACAACAUCCUCGCCCUCUCCGCUGGCGGAGCCAAGUGCGCCGAUACUCUCCGCACGGCCAUGGCCAUGGGUGCCGACCGCGCAUUCCACGUUGACGUGGGCGACAGCGCCGAUGGCGGCCCCGAGCCCCUGACGAUCGCCAAGAUGCUGCAGGGUGUGGUCAAGUCCGAGAACAUCAACCUGGUGCUGCUGGGCAAGCAGGCGAUUGAUGGUGACCAGGGUCAGACGGGCCAGAUGCUGGCGGGUCUGCUGGGAUGGCCUCAGGCAACACAGGCAAGCAAGGUCGAGAUCAAGGAUGCGGAUGGCACGGUGGAGGUGACGCAUGAGGUGGACGGUGGUGUCGAGACGCUGCGGGCCAAGUUGCCCCUGGUGGUGACUACGGACUUGCGGUUGAACACGCCGCGCUAUGCUACGCUGCCCAACAUCAUGAAGGCCAAGAAGAAGCCUUUGGAGAAGAAGACGCUGGCGGAUUUCGGGGUGGAGGACAAGAGACGUCUGAAGACCCUCAAGGUGACUGAACCCCCGGCGCGCCAGGGAGGCGGCAAGGUCGAGAAUGUCGAUGGAUUGAUCGGCAAGCUGAAGGAGCUGGGUGCUCUGUAA